ACAGAAUCUGCAUAAUAGUCAGUUUCAUUUCUUCAUAGUCCUUCCCAAAACUUCACCAUUUCAGCAACUCUAGUCAUUCUCUCCAACUGCUUUCUCCUUUCUCUCACUAACCCACCUCUAAUUUUGCUUCUUUCUCUCUCUUUCCCUCCCUUAUCAUGAUCUUUAAAAUGGGGAAAACCACAACCAUUGAACAGAUCCAAAAGAGAGCGAACCCUAAAAAAACAAAGAAAUCGAAGAAGAAGAAGAAGAUCAAAAAUGGCGAGAGGAAAGAUACAAAUUAAGAAAAUUGAGAAUCAAACUAACAGACAAGUCACUUAUUCUAAGAGAAGAAAUGGUCUUUUUAAGAAGGCUAAUGAACUUACUGUUCUUUGUGAAGCUACUGUUUCGAUUAUCAUGAUUUCUGGUGCUGGAAAACUCCAUGAAUUUCUCACUCCUGGAAUCACUACAAAAGAGAUUUAUGAUAGGUUUCAAAGGACUGAAGGGGUUGAUGUAUGGGCCAAACAAUACCAGAAAAUGCAAGAAGAGCUUCAGAGUUAUUCUGAUAUUAAUAGGGAGCUUCAAAAGGAUAUCAGGCAGAGAAUGGGAGAUUUAUUGGAGGGUUUGAGUUUUCAUGAGCUGCACAAUCUUGAACAAGAAAUGCAGAACUCUGUAAAGGUCAUUCGCGAACGCAAGUAUAAGAAGCUUGAGAAUGACCUCAAUACUACCAAUAAAAAGUAUCGAAAUGCGAAAGUAGUGCAUAGAAGCCUUCUCCAAGAGCUUGAUCUAAUUCCGAAGGAUGAACCACACUAUGGGUUGAUUGAUAACGGAGAGUACAACAAUGUGCUUGGAUACAAUGAUGAUUCUCGUAUACUUGCUUUGCGGUUAAAUCCUUGUCAACCUAAUCGUCAUGGUGGUGCAGGAUCGGGAUCUGGAUCAUGUGUAACUUAUGCAUUACUCUGAGUAUCAGCUACUAAGAGUGUCACACUAAUUAUACUUGAAAUCUAUGAGUUUGUGUGAAUUGUGAUGUUGUUCCUAUUUGUAACAGAAUUGUAUGAUUUUUUGUUGCCUGAAUCAUUGUGAGGAUUUGUUGUACUGUUUUAUAACUAUGAUACCAUCUAUUACAUUUCUUAAUUAAGGGUAAUGUUUGAGAAUUUCUUAAUUAAGAUUUAUAAUGGGUUGAUCUAAUUAUUUUUACUAUUUAUUAUUAUUA